UUCCACUCCCGCCAGGGCCCAAAAAUUAAAAAUUCCAAAAUCCGACAGAAAUAAUUGCUUCUUCCCGCUUCUACAAUUCCACCGCUCACUCUUCAUUCUUCCCCAACAAGUUUUGAAAAAACAGUAAAAAAAUUCAUUUCCCCUAAAUAUUUAAUUUACACUUUGUUCAAGCUGAACAUUUUUGAAUUCAAACGAUGGAAACCGCUUCUCCGUCCAAGACGUUCCUCGGCGUCCGUUUUGUUCUCUUUGGUUUUGAUCCAAUCAAUGAAAGCCAGGCUCGAGCAAAGCUAAUGAACGGCGGUGGAGUUGAUGCUGGUCAGUACAAUCAAAGCUGUACUCAUGUAAUUGUGGAUAAAGUAGUUUAUGAUGAUCCAGUAUGUGUUGCUGCACGAAAUGAUAGGAAGACAGUCGUCACAGGAUUAUGGGUUGACCAUAGUUAUGACAACGGAAUGGCUGUUGAUGCUACUUCUAUUAUGUAUAGACCUCUUAGGGAUUUGAAUGGAAUUUCUGGUGCUAAAGAUUUAAUUAUGUGUUUAACUGGUUACCAGAGACAAGAUCGAGAUGAUAUUAUGACUAUGGUUAGCUUGAUGGGAGCGCAGUUUUCUAAGCCAUUGGUAGCUAACAAAGUUACUCAUCUUUUAUGCUAUAAAUUUGAAGGUGAAAAGUAUGAGCUUGCGCAUAAGCUGAAGAAAAUAAAGCUUAUAAAUCAUCGCUGGUUGGAAGAUUGCUUAAGGGAUUGGACACUUCUUCCUGAAGAUGAUUAUAACAAGAGUGGCUAUGAGUUGGAGGUGAUGGAAGCUGAAGCAAAGGAUUCAGAGGACGAUGCUGAGGACACCAAUGAAAAGCAAUUGAGCCAUAAAAUGUCAAAUAAGAGUCCUCAAAUAAAAAUUGGCACCCCCAAACCUUAUCAAUCCCCUAGAUUGAAUGGGGAAGUGCCAAAUGCAUCGCAUAAUACAGGUGAACUUGAACCUUUUGCAAGGGUUAUGGAUGUGAAUGACAUGUUAACAACUCCUAGCAGAAAUCAUCACGCAUCCGCUUAUGAUAGGAGUUAUAUUUCUGAGAUGCCAACUUGGCAGGAUGCAAGUGCUUUAAAUGAUGCCACUGGUAUUGGCUUACCUGAUGCACAGGGAAGAACUCCAAGUUCUAGAAAACAGGGGAAUGACUUACAGUCUGUUUUUAGAAGUUCUGAGAAAUCUCAUUCUGAUGCAACAUUCAGUGCUUUAAAUUACACAAGGACAAUUCCACGGAAAUCUCCAUCAUCAAUUUUCAGAGGAGAAUCAGGCAAAUAUAGAUCCCCUGCUAAAGUAGAAUUGAGCAAAUCCUUUAAUAUCUCUCCUGCCAAAGCUGAAUGUGCAAAGGACUUAAUCGGGUCUGGUUGUAAAGAUCUUCCAAAAGAAAGCCAGUUUCUUCAAAAAGAAGUACCUAGCAGUAAUCAGAAGAAGUUUGACAUAUCAUGUUCGAAUCAUAGAUACAGGGAUGAUGCACAAGCGUGCGUGACAGGAAGUCCACCAGCAAGUAGCAAAAUCCAAGGACUUGAUCCUGGAAAUGUGGUUCAUGAUCUACCUGGGCUUAAUGACCAUUCUCCCCCUGGAAAUCAUGACAACUCAACGAAUGAUAUAUCAAGUCUUCGUGCUGCUCAGAAGUUGCAUACUGAUGCUUCAACAGCCAAAACAUCAGAAUUGAAAAUGAAAUCGCCCGUACAAAAUCACUUGUUUUUUGAAAACGUGACUCCCGGGACUGAAAAAAUUGAGAGUUCAAAUGUAAAAACACCUCUCAAGGAGUUGAUAGAGUCCAGUUUGGCCAGCAAGCCUGAAGAUGGAGACCUUGGUGUUGAAAAAUUCACCCAUGUAACUGCAGAUGCCAGGCACCCCUUGCAUGAGAAGGAAACUAAACAGGUCCCAUCUCAUAGUAAUGGGAAAGUGGAGAUUGAGAAAUUUCCAGUUAUUGCCGAUUUGGAACAGCUUGAUGGUGGACAUGACUGCUUAGGUAUAAAGCCAGGUAGGAAGAAGACGAUUGCCAAAAGGACUUUAGGUUCAAGACCAAAAUUAAAAGGUACUACUAACAAAAAGGGUUCUAUUUAUUCAAAUAAAACUGUUGCACAAAUUGAUCCUGCAAGUGGUCCGUCUGGAGACAGAGCAGACCAUAACAAAUCUUGCAUUGCUGAUAAGCUUGAAACAUAUGCUGAAACUCUUAAUGUCACUGGAGUACAAGAGAAGGACAUGGUAAGUGAAACAAAAUCUGGAGAGAAGAAUAUCAGUGAAGCUAAUUUUAUGGAUGAUGAAACUGAGCCUCCAGAGGAUAGAAAUGGAUGUGACAAUAUUUCUAAUGGGGAGAAGGCAGGGCUCAUGGUUAAUUUAUCAGAUAAAGUUGCUGAUAAAAUUGAAAUUCUGCCAGAGGAUCAGACAGCAAAUAAUACAGCUGUUGACAUGGAUGAUGGUACCGUAGAAGAAAACAAUGCUGCUCAACCUUUGCAUAAGAAUGAAUCAACCUUUAAGAGAGGUUGUGUGAAUGGGAAAUUAAGCAAAGGCCAAAAGCAGCCUUCAGGAAUUACAAAGACAAAGACUGUCCCUUCUGUCACUAAACAAGCAAACUCCAAAAAAGGUAUUGGAAAGGAGAAAGGUAAGCCUUCUGCGACUGGUCAGCCUAAGAGCAAACUUGUAUCUGGAAAAAGUACGAAGAGUUCCACGGACGUGGAGAAGGAGAAUAAACCAAUAAUUAUUGAAGAUCAAAAUAUAAGUCGAGCCAAAGACCUUGUCGAAAAAGGAGCUGGUAAAUCAGUAAUGUCCGUGAAAAACAACCAGAAAAGAAAAAGUGAUUCUAUUUGUAAGCCAGCAAGAGAAGUUCUAGAGCACAUUAAAUCUGAACCUGCACUUUUCUUAUUGAGUGGACAUAGGCUGCAGAGAAAGGAGUUUCAGCAAGUUAUUAAGGGUUUAAAAGGUAAGUUGUGCAGAGAUUCUCAUCAGUGGUCAUACCAGGCAACUCACCUUAUAGUCCCAGACCCAAUUCGUAGGACGGAGAAGUUUUUUGCUGCUGCAGCCUCAGGAAGGUGGAUUCUUAAGAGUGAUUAUCUAACUGCUUGUAGUCAAGCAGGAAGAUUCUUGGAAGAGGAGCCAUAUGAAUGGCAUAAGAAAUGCCUGAGUGAAGAUGGUUUAAUUAAUUUAGAGGCUCCAAGAAGAUGGCGACAGCUGCGAGAAAAGACAGGUCAUGGUGCCUUGUAUGGCAUGCGCAUUAUCAUCUAUGGAGAAUGCAUUGCACCACCUUUGGAAACUCUGAAACGUGUGGUAAAAGCUGGUGAUGGGACUAUUCUAGCAACUUCUCCUCCUUAUACCCGGUUCCUUGCAUCCGGAGUUGACUAUGCCAUCAUCAGUCCUGGAAUGCCACGUGUUGACAUAUGGGUGCAAGAGUUUCUCCGACAUGAGAUACCCUGCGUGGCAGCUGAUUACUUGGUAGAGUAUGUUUGCAAGCCUGGGUACUCACUGGACAAGCAUGUACUAUACAGUACUCAUGCUUGGGCGGAGAAAUCAUUUGCUAACCUCUCGACCAAAGCGCUAGGACUUGCAGAAGAUUUGACACCAUCAGAUGAUUCAAACAUUACUGAUGAUAUAGCCUGCGAAGUCUGUGGUUCUCGAGAUAGGGGCGAUGUUAUGCUAGUAUGUGGAGACGAAAGUGGUUCGGUAGGGUGUGGAGUUGGUAUGCAUAUGGACUGUUGUAAUCCUCCUCUUGAAAGUAUUCCUGAUGAGGAUUGGUUUUGUGCUAAUUGUAGUAGUAAAAGCAGCAAUUCUAAGAGGAGAAAAGGGACUUCGUGAAGAGUGGAGCCUAACCUGCUGCUAUAAUUCGUUGUGCAAUGUGAGUAUUUUUGUAUAACAUCCUCUCUAAGAAUUAGAUAUGUAUAUUGACCCUGUUUAGCUUCAAAUUAACGUAUGAUUUCUCUUAAAACUAAUAAUCUCACUUGAACAUGAAUAUUGAUUGCUUGUUGAGUGGUGAUUUAGAUUGACGUUUGAGUUUGCUGGAGUAGUACAUACAAUUUUAUAACGUUGUAAUUUUAAAAGUCUGGACUACUUAAA